GAAUUGCGUCCGUUUUCCCUAGUGUUUUCGCCACUGGUGUUGAUAAUUGUGUGAGUGCUAAAGGACAUUGUGGGGCGUAAUUGGCUCAUGGUGUCGGAUGACACUGGUGGACAUUGUGAUUUGCGAGCACUGUUGCGGGCGAAAGCAAGGUCGGGCGUUUGGGGCGAGUGAGUUUCGGGGGUUGGGAGGUGCGCGUACAACACCUCCAUUUUGUUGAUCACCUCUUGUGGCGGCCAUAUUGAAGCAAAAAGCACACGAAGUGGCGUUGCUUCGAAAAGGAUCUGACGCCACACUUCCGGAACACAUUUUUCUGGCGUCGUUGUGUUUUUCUCUCAUUUCUUGUGGGGUGAUUUUUUUUUUCUUUGGGGGCGCGCACAUGUGACGUUGUGACAGCGCUAAAGUGCACGAUAUCGCAAGUUGUGCUGUUGACAGUGUAAAAGAGCAUAUCUGAGGAGGCGCUGCCGUUUUUUCCCGUGUCUUCUUUGACGGGUGGAUUUUUUUGAAGAGCAGCUCGCUUUUCUCACCCCUUUUCCAGCUCUUCUGCAGCUAUUUCCACCACUUGCUGCCCGGAAAUGUGUAGAUAGCCGCGAGCGGAGCGCAAUGGUGCUGCAGAAGCGCAUGGAGAGGAGAUUCCUGAGUCUGUGCCAGUGGUUCGGCGUCCCGGCGGACGCAGUGCUGGCCAGAUGUCAGCGGGAGCUCCGUCGACCGCGGCGACGCCACGCGACGCUGUCGCUCGCCUGGCGCAGCUUCUUCGUGGGAUCUCGCGUGGUGCUGACAGUGACGCCGUACAGGCGCUUCCGCCGCGAGGACAAAUGCCUGCACAGGCACUUCAACUGGUCAGAGAUCUACUGGCACAAGUUCAACGGGGCGAAGCUGCCCAUCGCCGAGUAUGUGCGGAAGCGGCAGGAGCGACGAGUGGCCAGGAAGUUGGCGAGGAAGAAGAGCAAGCGAAGAAGAGUGAAAUCCACCGGAAUCAAAGCAGACAAGGCGAAUGAUGAGGACAGUUCGGACGAGGUGCAGCUGAUUGAGGAGCGUCUGGUGAUCAGUAUUGACAGUGAGGAUGAGCAGGAGUGUGUGCAGAUUGUCGCGGAGCCUCAGCAAGUGUCAUUCCCAAAGAUCGUCAGUGUGAAAUCGGCGGGAACACUCGUGGACGCCGUGGCGAGUGUCGUGACGCCAUCACGGGCGGCGGAUGAGGAGCUGAAGCCCACCAGUGACGAACUGGAGAGAGCGAGACACAUUUUCGCCAGCGCUGACGCCACGGAUGAUCAGGAGAGUGACAAGAAACACGCGCAUUCGGCUCUCUAUUCUCUCGACGACAGCUUCACGGAGUCCGAAGGCGCGAAAUCGCUGAAUCAGAGCAACGACCGGACUUUCCUGGACUCGCUGGCGCACAAGCUGGGCGUGGAGAAGGCCGACGAGGAGGCGAAGCAGUCGCGCGUCGAGAGGGCGUUCGAUGACUGCUAUCAGGAGCUGGAGAAGUCCAUCCUGAAGAUCCACCAGGUGGCGUCGAAGUUCGACGGCGUGGUGAAGGACGAGGACACGUCGUCCGGCACGGAUGAGUUCUACGGCUUCAGCGAGAGUGACAUCUCGACGCCGGGACUGCUGCCGACGCCGCUGGUGCGCCAGGCGGGCUCCAAUGCGGCCUUCAUUAGUGGGAAGUGCGACAAGAUGCUGCAGAAAUUGGGGCCGAUCAAUGUGGAGGACCGGCGGGAGGCGCCGCGGCAGUGGACGGCGGAUGAGGAGCGCAUCAACAGGCAUUCACAGCCGCCGCGCCUCGAGUGUCCGGAGAUUCCGCAGGACAUGAAGUCGAAGACGCUGGCGGAGAAGAAGGAGUUGCUGCGCAUGAAGCCGGUGGGAUAUCAGGUGCUGGAUCAGGAGAACAGUGUCUAUCAUCUGCUGAAGAAGCGCAUGAAGGAGCCGGUGAAUGACAAGCUGUACGAGACGGCGAAGCGCAUCAUGCGUCAGCCGGUGCCGAUGCGCCGCAAGAUCUGGCAGACGGCCACGUGGCUCAAUACGCGCCAGGAUCACUACAUCUAUCGCUACAUCACGCACGCCGGCCGUGAGCUGAAGCUGUUCGGCUGCGUGGGCAAUUUUCGCAAGAAGCACUGCUACAACCUGGACACGCCGCUGCCGCCGCGCAACUACACGCCGCGCCGCAAGUUGCCGUGCUGCCGCAAGUCUGGCUAUCCGAAGAGGAUGAAGUUCAACAAUAUCCUCAAUCAGAGCCUCGAGGAGACGACAAGAGUGGACACGGAAGGCGCGUCGGCGCCGCUUUCUUCGCUCCACAACUGCUCCAGUUCGCAAUUGUCGCCGGUGAAGAGGAAGUGGAAUCUGAUUGAGACGCGGCGCAUUCCGCCGGGGCCGCUUUGCACGAAGCCGAAGAAUGUGGAGAAGAAUGAGAAUUUGGCGCCGCUGGAGACUUUCGUUCUGCCGCGAAUUCAUCUGCAAGUGACGCCACAGUUGAAUCAGCGUUUCCCGCCCAAAGUCACCAAGUACCUCAACGUCUUGUGUCCGUCCGAGCGGCUGACGGACGAGUGGAUUGGCUACGCGUUGUGCGCGCUGAAGAAUGCCAGCGACGGCGGGAAGAUGGUGGAGUUUGAGAUUCCCUACGAGAAUGACCGGCGGAAGAUUCUCGUGAGUCGCGAGGUGAAUCUCAGCGGCGCGCGGCGCGAACGCACGACGGAAGUGUUUGACGACUCCGAAGCGCUGACCUUUGCCGGCGCUUGUCCGGAAGACGAGUGCGCUCAGGCGCUCGCGGACAUGAUUGACAGCGUGGCGAUUGGAAGGAGUGAAGAUGCCUUCACAAAAUUCGAUCCCGACUUGGACUACAGCCGGCGGGAGUCACGCAAGAGAUCGCUGGACGCGACAGACAAGGACGACUGUCCGAACUUCAAGAAGCCGCGCUCGAAGAACUCUUUGCUAUACGAACUGAAGCGCCUCAACGCGACCAUCAUUAACACUGAGAGCAUUUCCAGCAAGCAGAAAUGCAGCAAUGAGCACUGCAAGUUGGGCUGCCUGUGCGACAGCAUUUCGUCACUCUCCUACCCAAUUGGCCAUUGCGAGAAGGUUCAGUGCAUGUUUGAGUGUGUGUGCAGGAAAGGCCUGGUCAUCAACAACACCGCCGUGAAUCCGUUCAGCAAGGAGGUGUUCAGGAUGCGCGACAAGGCGAUCUCUCGCCUGGCGCGCGCCGAGAAGGACUUCAGCUCGACUGUCGUGCUGACGAACAACAACACUUUUUUGCUCAGCAACAGUUCGGAGGAGAAGAGCAAGCGCAACCGCGUGGCGCCGCGCAAGUUCGGCGACUACGUGAGCUGCGAAGUGGAGGAAGGUGAGACGAGUCCGCGGCCAGUGGUGGACACGGAUACGCUGGUGAAGUUUCCACAGGUGAAGAGCGCGAGGCGCGAGCGUGCGAUGCGCCUGGAGCCGGAUCUGGAGAGGAUGCGCCACACGAGUGUGGUGCUGGACAGGAUUGACGGCGCCGUGGACGCCCUGGAGCCGUGGUGCAUGAUUCAUGAGCUGUACAGGUGCUUCUGCAAGUGCGAGGCGACGCACGGAAAGCCCUUCCUGCUCAAGCAGAUCUCUGAGACGUGCUUCGCCAUGUCGGAGGAAUUGGUGGCGAAGCCGAGCAUCUACAGGGCGUCAUCGUCCAAGGCGAAGAUCCUGUUUGAGCCCGAAGCCACGCGGACGCGCGACAUCGCCUUCAUGAGCAGCUCCGGCAGCAGCAAACCCUUCGAGCCGCCUAACGCCAAGGCGGCGCUGACGCCGGAAGCGGAACAUCUGGCUAAUUGCAUUGCGCAGACGGACGAGCCGGAGGACGCCAUGAUCACGCAGUACAUCCGGUCGCUGCACAAGGGCUACAAAGUGCCCGAGCGCGUGUACAAUCGCGGCGAGCUGACGGCGGCGCUGCUGCGUGGGACAGUUUCGCGAUGCUUGGCCUUCGACAAGACCACGCAAGUGUUGCUCAACAAGCAGAAUGCGCCGCGCGUGAAGAAAUUCAUCUCGGCCAUGGAAAAGACGCCCAAGAUUCUCUCUCUGCUCACGCAAAGAUAUCUUCAGUCGGUGUGCAAAUCGAAGAAGAGUUUGCAGAUCGAACAAGCGCCACACAUUGUGAUUGAGUCCAAUUCGGACAAGGACGAUUCUCUGCCGCCGCCGCCGAAGUUCGCCGAUCCGCCGGCGGAGACUUCCGUGGCGGCGGCAGAAGUGUCAGCGGACGCCGAGGACGCGCAGACGGCGUGGCAACAGUCGGAGUCGCGAAGCGUCGCUGAGACUGUCGUGCCGGUGAUUUCCUCCGUGACGUCACUGCACGCGACCGAGACGAGCGACAGUCAGCCGGCGGUGAAUGAGGAGGAGGUGCGAAAGCCGCUGCUGGACAAGAUGAACAUGUGUGUGUCGCGCAUGAUGAACAUCAUUGCGAAGAAUGAGGAGAAGCGCAAUCUUGAUGUGCCGCAAGUCAACAAGAUCACCACAAUUCGGUGGAUAAAUUUGCUGAAGGAGUUCCGCAAUGUUGGCCUUCACAUUCUGGAGCUUCACUAUCCGCAGAAGACUUUUGUGGUCAUCUCGAAGACGAGGGAACUGUCAAAGAUGCCGCCCGGAUGCACAAAUGUCUGCGACUUGAGGAUGGCCAGGAAAUCGCCGACGACACAAUUCGGCCGCAUGAUCAAUUUGGGCUACAAUCUGCCGAUGAUUGACAACGUGGCGGCGCUGCUGUUCGGCCAUCAGGAUUACUGGCAAGUCAUGGGCUUCAUGCACAAAUCCUGGCAGCCGCAGGAAUCCGCCAAGUACUUGUCCGUGACGCACAGCACGCAUCCGGAAGUGGCGGUGAAGAUCUCGAAGCUGUACAGCAUUCUUCUGGCUCAAGUCACGCCGUCCAGGAACUCUCCGGCGGCGUCCAAUGUGCGCCUGAUGACGCAGGACGAGGUGCGAAGGGCGCGCAUGAUGAAGUUUGCGCUGCCGCGGCCGAAGGAUCAACGCUGGUUCAUGCUGAUGAUCACGAAUGACUUCUCGGACAUUUCGCAUCCGCGCUGGGGACAAUUGCUGUCGUACGAUCGCAUCCGGCACGCCAUCGUGAUGGCCAGGAAGGCGGGACGCACGGUGGAGGUGACAAGCAAUGCGCCAUCGCUCAAUCCCAGAGUCUACGUGGCGCCGGAUCACGGCGACAGGAUCUUCAUUGGGCCGUACAAUCUCACGGAGGAGUGCAACAUUGUGCUGUACCAGCGCAUGGACGGCGCGAUUCUGCUGCGCGAGACGUACGAGAAGAUGACAAACAUCCAGAGGACCACCUCGAGUGUGGGAUGCUGGAUUCAGUCGAAGGAGUGCGCGCCGGACGCCGCGGCGGCUGCGCAUCCGAUCCACGAGACUCCGGCGACGGUGAAAGAGGUGCGGAAUGAUGCUGUGAUAGUGUUGUCGCCGACGAAGAGUCAGAAUGACGAUGACGAUUGUGUGCUGGUCGAGGCGGAUCCGAGUGAGAUUAAGGCGGCUCAGGAGGCGCACGAAGCGGCCGAAGCGGUGAAUUCCAUCCUUCCGGAUGGACUGAAGUUGCCCACGGAGCAGCCGAAGACGCAGUUGAGUGCGCAGCAGCAGCAGGAGGAGGAGCAGGAGCGGCCAAGCGAAGCGACAGCAGUCGAGAGUGACGUGGAGAACGUGAAGCGGCCGAAGGUGCGCCGACAGUAUCGGAAGCGCAAGGCUGACGACGACGAGCAUCCGCAGCUGAACAUCAGAGAUCUCACGAUAACGCCAGUGAAUGACAACGAGGACGCGUCGCGGUGGCCAAUCUUGAAUGCCACACCGUCGACACUCACGAUUCUGCCCAUUGAGGAGCCGCCGGCGCCGUCGCCGCCGGAGCCAGCCUUGCCGGCACUGCCCGUGAUCACGAUGGUGACUUCGGGGCAUCGCGAGAGUCCGCCGCCGAUGCCCGUGAUCUCGAAGGUCGUGAGUCUCCGGGAUGUGGAGAAGGAAACUGUCCAGCAGCAGCAGUCGCUGCUUAAGAGCAACGCAAAGCCGCCGCCGCGGGAGAAGGAAGAGACGGAGAAGACGGCGAAAUUGACGCCUUAUGAGAAUGAAUUUGCCCAGUAUUUGGAAUCGAAUCCCGGCUAUUUGCCGAGUUUGCAGUUCAUCAAUCAGAUGUUGACGCAACAAUCCAGUAAAUCCGGCGCUGAAAAGUGUCCGGAAGUGUCCAAGAAGGCGACAGAAUCGGCUGAUCCGCCGAAGACACACGCCGCGGCGCCACUUCCCGCUCUGGUGGUGAGUGACGCCGUGAAGAAUGCCCGCAAGCCAAAGAAUCUCCCGGACGCCGUCAAAUCGCCGGCGAUCGUGCGAUCAUCUCUGCCGGUGGCAAAGACAGAGGCUGGAAGUGCUUUGGCCACGCCUAGCGGCGGUGGCGUGAAGGUGUUCACCACGACGGGCAAGAAGAUGAUCAUCCAUCCGCUGUCCAUGAAGAAGCCAGCUGACGCUGCGCCGCCGAGUGCUUGCCAGAAGAGAACGACGUCUCCGCCGCCGCUGGUGAUUCUGGAGAAGCGACAGAAGCUGGACACUGAUGAGGCGCCAGAGAAGCCACAGGAUCCGCCGGCGACAGAGGCGCCAGCAGUGAUGCUAAAGCCCAACAUUACCAUCAAGAAUCGCGUGACAAUUGGACAGACGGUGUUGCAGAGGAUCUCAGUGCCUUCCGUGGCGAGUAGUUCUGGCACUGAGAAAGCCUCCACAGUUGUCACUACUUCCACCGCCGGCGCCAAGUCCGUGCCGGCGAUCAUUUGCAAUGGUUUGGGCAAUCAAAUGAUGAAAGUGCGCGUGAAUUUCACUCCUCCAUCAACGCCAUCCACCAGCACGGCUUCUGGGCCGCCGCCACCCAAGAAUACUCCAAAAGUCAUCCGUUCACCACUCAAGAUCCUCCCAAAGCCCGGACCUUCUUCAUCCUCCGCCGCUUCUUCACUCUCUAGCACGGCGCCAAUCAUGCUCACGCUUCCGGACGGCAAGCAAACGCUGACUUUCACGAGAACCACGGCGGAUGGGAAGGAGACGAAGUACGUUCUGCCAUUCACGAAGCUGCCCAACACGAAGAUCAAGUUCAUCCCGGCGUCACCGAAGGUUGUCGCGAGUGUGGAGCCGAGCGAGCCGAAGAAGAUCGUGGAGAAAACGGUAUUUCGCAUCAAGGUGCCGCCGGAUCCGGAGCGGCGAAGUGACGUGAUUGAGUUGUCGGACGAGGAAGAAGCGGCUGCAGCGGCGGCGGCCGCAGUGGAGGAGAAGCAAGCGGGGAACUUCGCCGAGGAGCUGUGCAAGAACAUGAGCAAGGAGAAGAUGGUGAGUGGAGUGAUCGUGUCGAACAUUCCGCAGCUCGGUCACAUCAAAGCCCGCAUGACGGACGACCUGUAUUACCACCUGCAGCUGCCCACGCGCCGCCAUCCCUUCAAGGUCGGCCAGAACUGUCUCGAUCGCUACAUGGACCGGUACAUGAAGUACUGCGUGGUGACGUAUGUGCCGCAGGAUCUCAGCGUGCGCUGGGAGUUCAUUGAGCAGAGCAAAGUGAGCGAAGUGGGACGGAAGUUCUCUCUGGAGGCGACAAAGAACAAGGAUCAUCUUGUGCUCACGCAGUACGGCGUGAUUGACAUGGACGAGAAGAUUCCGGAGGAGAUCGAAAAGGACACUUUCACGUUCGUUCGUCUUCUCCUUUUGCGGCUGUCGUACAUCUGCGGCGGCGCCAUUAAACCCACCCAGGGACUGGAGGUGAUAGAUAAGGCAAUUGCUGUCCUGGCCGAGCUGCAUCAGGUCGAACUGGGGCACUAUGAUGAGAUGAGGGAACUCAAGGAGGCGCAUCGUGCGCUGAAAGAGAAGCUGAAGGCGCUGGGCGGCGAAGAGUUGACCAGCGACGAGGCGGAAGGAACUGUUCUUGGGGAGUAGAAGAAUGUUUUUUUGGACUCUCCUCG